AUGACCGACCCCGCCGCUACAUCCAAUAUUCAGGUCGAUUCCGAUGUCAAUUCCUUGAGUGACUACGAGAGUAUCCGAAGCGAUCUCACCUCGCUGACGGAAUCGGUGUACUCUUACGUGUAUGAGAAUGGACGGACUUAUCAUGCGUACCGGUCCGGAUCUUAUGUGCUUCCCAAUGACGAGCGUGAGCAAGACCGGAUGGAUGUGCUCCACCAUGUCUUCCGUCUAACUCUGAACGGAGAACUCUGCCAGACAGAACUCGACAAUCCAAUCAGGGUGCUCGACAUCGGGACGGGGACUGGGAUCUGGGCAAUCGAAGUGGCGGACCAAUUUCCUGCCGCAGAGGUGAUCGGAGUGGAUCUGUCACCCAUUCAGCCUGGCUGGGUUCCGCCCAAUCUGCGAUUUGUGAUCGAAGACAUCAAUCAGCCCGACUGGAGCUUUGCGGAGGGCUCGUUCGACUUUAUUCACGUGCGAAGUCUGGCCGGUAGUAUCGACGACUGGCCCUUAUUUCUCCGUCAGUGCUAUGAUCAUCUCAAACCCGGUGGGCGCAUCGAAAUAACUGAAUGCAACCCGCAUCUGGAAUGCGAUGACGACUCCUGGCCAGCUGAUAGCCACUUGCGUACAUGGGAGAGCGAAUUCCAUCGUAUAACCGCCAUCCAAGGACGAGUCUGGGACCUGGGGCCACGUAUUAGGAGUCUGUUACAAGAUGCCGCCUUUGAGGAUAUACAGGUCACUGGCUCGCGUGUCCCCGUGGGAACCUGGCCGAAAGACCCCAAGUUGAAGGAAAUUGGGCGGUAUUUUCGCGCCCAGCUGGCCGAUGGCGCCAUCGAAAGCUACUCCCUGGCGCUGUUCACCCGCUUUGGCAACUGGACCUCGGCCGAGGUGCAGGUCUUUCUCGCGCAAUUACGCGCAGAGCUGCGAUCAAACAAAGCACACGUAUAUACUAGAAUUGACUAUGUGACAGCCCAGAGACCGCGGUAA